AUCUCUUUCUUUCUUUUUCUUUUUCUCUCUCUCUGUUUGUUGUAUCCAUGAAUGCAGAAGAGAGAGAACUUCUUUUUCAUCCAUCCAUCCAUCUUCAUCCCAAAUAACAGUGAAAAUUAAGCUGCCCGCGCCGACGAUGGACAUGGCGACCACCAAGCUCGUAGUUGAAGUUCUUGAUGCAAGCGAUCUAAUGCCUAAAGACGGACAAGGAUCCGCCAGUCCAUAUGUACAGAUCGAUUUCAAUGGACAAGAACAACGAACACAAACCAAGCAAAAGGAUCUCAACCCACAAUGGAGCGAAACCCUUUUCUUCAAUAUCAACGAUCAUAAAGAUCUCAACGACCAAACAAUCGUCGUCACAAUCUAUAACGAUACAAAAUCCGGCCACCAUAAGAAUUUCCUUGGACGAGUUCGAAUCUCAGGCGUCUCUGUUCCUACCUCUCAAUCAGAAGCUUCAGUUCAACGAUACCCUCUCGACAAGCGCGGGAUGUUUUCUCAUAUCAAGGGAGAUAUUGCGCUCCGGGUUUAUCUAGCCAUGGUUUCUCUUCCGCCGCAGCCGCCGCCUGUCCAAACCCAGAAUUGGUCUGUACCACAAACCGUCGACACCCAAUUUGAGCACAACCACAACCACCACCACCAGCAGCAGCAGCAGCCGCCGCCAUCAAUUCCUCUCCGGGAAAUUAAUACAAACAUGGACCCGAUCGCCUCCGGCGGCGGGGGCGAGCAGAAGAAGAAGAAUAAAGAGAAAGAAGUCAGAACGUUUUACUCCAUAGGAGUAAACGGACCUCCUCCUCCAGUUCCAAAUCCAAUUCCGGCUCCCCUGCCUCAGAUGAGACCAGCUACAGUGGAGAUGCGGACUGACUUUAUGAAACCAGGCCCGAUUCCCAUGAUGCAUAUGCAGUUUCCAGGUCAAAAACCAGAUUUUGGAGUUGUGGAGACGCGGCCGAUGGUGCCGGCAACCGCUAUGAAAAUGGGUUAUUAUCGAGCCGGCGACAAGACAGCAAGUACAUACGACCUUGUUGAACCGAUGCAAUACCUGUACGUUAGAGUCGUCAAAGCUAAAGAACUCCCGGCGAUGGAUGCAGUCUCCGGUAGCCUAGACCCUUAUGUAGAAGUCAAGCUAGGUAACUAUAAAGGACUCACUAACCAUUUUGAGAAGAAUCAAAACCCGGUCUGGAACAAAGUGUUUGCCUUUUCCAAAGACAAUUUACAGGCGAAUGUGGUCGAAGUCACUGUUAAGGAUAAGGAUAUUGGAAAAGAUGAUUUAGUUGGAAAAGUUUGGUUCGAUCUAAAUGAAGUUCCUGUUCGAGUUCCUCCAGAUAGUCCAUUGGCUCCUCAAUGGUACAGAUUGGUUGAUAAAAAGGGAUUAAAGAACGGCGAAAUCAUGCUCGCCGUUUGGAUGGGUACACAAGCCGACGAAGCCUUCCCGGAGGCAUGGCAUUCAGAUGCCCACGACGUCGGUCAUCAAGCCCUUCAUUAUACGAGAUCGAAGGUCUAUUUCUCUCCCAAAUUGUACUAUCUUCGUGUUUUAGUAAUCGAAGCACAAGAUCUCGUCCCUAGCGAUAGAAGCCGGCCGCUGGAGACGUUUGUCAGGGUUCUCGUUGGAAACCAGACGAGAAUGACCCGGCCGUCGCCACUCCGGCAUGUAAAUCCCGUCUGGAAGGAGGAUUUAAUGUUCGUCGCCUCGGAGCCGUUUGAAGAGAUGUUAAUGCUUAGCGUAGAGAACAGAGUUGGACAAGGUAAAGACGAGAGUCUCGGUUGUUUCUAUAUCAAUGUUAAAGACAUUCCACGAAGAUUAGACACAACUAAAAUGCUUGAACCAAGAUGGUUCAAUCUUCUUGAUAAUCUUGAAAGCGAUAAGAAGAGGGAACACAAAUUCUCUAGUAAGAUACACCUCGGACUAUGUUUAGAACAAGGGUACCACGUUCUAGACGAAUCCACCCCUUUCAGCAGCGAUCUACAGCCGUCAUCAAAGAUUUUGAAGAAACCCCCCAUCGGAAUUCUCGAACUUGGAAUCUUAAGCGCCCGGAAUCUCCUCCCAAUGAAGGGCGGCGGCGGAGGAGGAACAACCGAUGCUUAUUGCGUGGCGAAAUAUGGAAACAAGUGGGUACGAACUCGAACUCUUCUCAACACUCUUAACCCACGAUGGAACGAGCAAUACACAUGGGAAGUUUAUGAUCCUUGUACUGUCAUCACUAUCGGCGUUUUCGAUAAUCGCCAUGUAAAGGGUAAUCAUGAGGAGAUUAGAGAUGAGAAGAUUGGGAAGGUGAGGAUUCGUCUUUCCACGCUAGAAACAGAUCGAAUCUAUACACAUUACUAUCCUUUACUAGUUCUUCAGCCCUCCGGGCUGAAGAAACACGGCGAGCUUCAACUGGCGGUGAGAUUCACAUGCACGGCGUGGGUAAACAUGGUGACUCAAUACGGGAAGCCGUUACUUCCUAAAAUGCAUUACAUCCAGCCAAUACCCAUUCGCCAUAUCGACAUGCUUCGUCAUCAGGCCAUGCAGAUAGUGGCGGCUCGACUUAUCAGGGCGGAGCCGCCACUUAGGAAGGAAGUGGUUGAGUAUAUGCUCGACGCGAAUUACCAUAUGUGGAGUUUGCGUCGGAGUAAGGCGAAUUUCCAACGGAUAAUGUCGCUUCUAUCCGGUGUGACGGCGGUAAUUAGAUGGCUUAACGACGUUUGUAAUUGGCGAAAUCCGAUCACGACAUGUCUAGUUCAGGUCUUAUUCUUGAUAUUAGUGAGUUGUCCUGGUUUGAUUCUCCCGACGAUUUUCCUCUAUUUAUUCGUGAUCGGGCUCUGGAACUACCGGUUCAGACCCCGACACCCGCUUCACAUGGACGCGAGAAUGUCCCAGGCGGAGUUCGUUCAUCCGGACGAACUCGACGAGGAAUUCGACAAUUUUCCGUCGAACCGGCAGCCUGAGAUCGUGCGGAUGAGGUACGACAGGCUGAGAAGCGUCGGCGGAAGAGUGCAAACCGUGCUGGGCGAUUUGGCGACGCAAGGAGAAAGAGUGCUGGCGUUACUGAGCUGGAGAGAUCCAAGAGGGACGGCGAUCUUCAUAAUGAUAUCGCUGAUAUGGGCGGUGGUUUUGUAUGUAACGCCGGUUCAGGUUGUGGCGAUUAUUAUAGGGCUUUAUUUGCUCCGACACCCACGGUUCAGGAAUAGGAUGCCGUCGGUUCCGGUUAAUUUCUUCAAGCGAUUGCCGGCUAAGACAGAUAUGCUUCUAUAACAUAUAUUAUUAUUAUUGUUAAUUUUGUCGAUAAUAACUAAAUUAUUCUGAAAAUAAAAUCAUUUUUUAUUGCCA